AUUUUUUGCCACCUAUAACACGUUACACGUUUAGAAAACUAAAAAAACCAAGAAAAGUUGAUAAAACACUGAAAAACCCCCAAUUUAAUAAAUUUAUUUCGGUUUAUAUUCAACAAAAAAUUGAAAUAUCUAUCACCAUGAGCGCCGUCAACAACAAGAAGUCAUCCAAGAAAUCCUCCCAAAAUGGAAAAACUGAUGCUGUUGCUGCUUCCAAUGGGUCCAAUUCCGUCACCACUACUGCCGAUGACAAUGCCUGUGUGGUUUGUUUCAAGACGGUGGAAAUAUUUUCCAUAGGAGAAUGUGACCAUCCCGUUUGUUAUGAGUGUUCCACUCGAAUGAGGGUUCUUUGUGAACAAAAUGAAUGCCCCAUUUGCAGACAGGUCUUAUCAAAGGUUAUAUUCACUUAUGAUAAACUGCCUUACCGUGAAUUGGAGGCCAAGAAUCGUUCGGAAUAUUACAGCAAGAAAUAUAAGAUAUGUUUCUAUACGAGUGAAAUACAGCAGAAAUUCUUUGAACUACUAGAUCAUCCAUGUCCCAAAUGUGACUGCCCCCCUUAUCGUACUUUUCAAGGCCUUCGCAAUCAUGUUCGCAAAGAACAUGACCAUUUCUAUUGUGAUUUGUGCGUGGAAAACCUGAAAAUAUUUACGUUUGAGCGGCGCUGUUAUACCCAGGCAGAGUUAGGGAUUCAUCGGACCAAAGGUGAUCCGGAUAAUCGUUCACAUCGUGGCCAUCCCUUGUGUGAAUACUGCAACAAACGCUAUCUGGAUCGUGACGAACUAUUUCGUCAUUUGAGACGAGAACAUUACUACUGCCACUUUUGUGAUGCAGAUGGUUGUAAUGAAUUCUAUCGCGACUAUUCCGCGCUCGCCGAACAUUUUCGGCAGGAUCACUUUUUGUGUGAAGAGGGGAAAUGUGCAACGGAAGAAUUUACAGGAGCAUUUCGUACAGAAAUCGAUUUCAAAGCUCAUGUUGCCAAUGUACAUGGCAAAGGCAUGAAUAAACAACAGGCGAAGCAGACACGAACUUUACAACUGGAGAUAACUUUGGGACCAAGAGGUCGUUCCGGCCAGACGGAGCAGGGAGUGGCCAGUAUGAGAAGUAGAGGAAGCAACAACCAUGAACCUGAGCCUGAAGUUCCUGAGCCCUCCUACCCACAGCAGAGUCAAACACCAACGCGUCAAAAUAUCAAUCCAUGCAGUGAGCAGGAAUUCCCAUCUCUUGCCGGUGGUGCAACUGGACCAAGUUUAUCUCUCACCCGACCACCGCCACCAACAAUUAUCAAUCAUAAUAGAAUAUCGGGUCUGGCUCGAACCAAGGAGAAUUUCCCAGCCUUAGGCGCUAACGCAACCGGUAGCAAUAGCGGAGGUGAUGGUGGUGGUUUUAGUGCCGCAAGAUCUGCCCAACAACAACAGCCGAUUUCAGCAAUGUUGAAGAAGAAACCAACUCCUGCCACCGGAGCUGUUCCAAGAACACCUGCGCCCAAAAAUGGACCAUUGACCAGUAGUGGCAUGGUAAUACAUGUCUCUAAUCGUCCAACAAAUCCACCCACUCAAACUAAGAAACCGAGUGCUAUGGACUUUCCAGCGCUGCCCACAUCAACGAAAUCGAAAAAGGGCAAAUCAGCGGUACUGACCGAAGACAUGGGUACAACGGGUCUCCAUCUGCCCGUAUCCACGGUGGCAGCCAAACAUCGUACUCUGGUUGAUGAUUACGUAUCCGUUGCUAAUCCUGCUAAUUUCCAAAAAAUUCAAAUGGUGCAAAAGGAAGAAUUGGAAGCAAAAGCGCGCAGAGAAGCAGAAGCGCGAAGUGCUCCAAAACUAACCAGCCAAGAUUUUCCGUCAUUGGGUGGUCCACCAGCAUCCAAGUCAUCGGCCCCCACAAACACCUGGGUUAAGGCCGUGGUCAAUGAGAAACGUCAAAAAGAAUUGGAAAACCGCAAAAACAAAGUGGCGCCCGCCCCUGUCCUACCCACAAAAACUAAUAACUACGCAACGGCACCAAAACCAGCAGCAGCAGUAUUAACUAACGGUAAUGUACAAAGUAAUGCGGCCAACAUUGCUGCUAACAAUAAAAAGGAUAAAAAGGAGAAAACUAAAGAGAAGAAGCCCAAGGAACCGAAUAACAACAACGAAAAUAAAGCGACGAACAAUAAUUUGAAUAGCAACAAUAACAAUCAAAAACAAAAUUCCGCCUCCCCACCACCCAAAUCACCGCAAGCAAAGAAGUCGCCCUCAGCCCCGGAACAUCAUUCAAAUGUAACCGUUAAUUCAGUGGCCAAAUCGCCAAACAAUUUAACAUUUACCAGUUCACUGGGCGAGAGCUAUAGCAUUUUGCCAGCCCACACCUUUACACCACCCACAGAUGCUAUGCUGCGUAAUCAGAGAUUAAUCUUAUACUUCAGAGAUAUUUUGGAAUCCAUGGAAGCCUUAGAAGAAUUUCGUAAUAUUUCGCAAUUAUAUCGGGAUGGUGUGGUCAAAGCUGAUUCCUACUAUGAACAUUGCCAAGCUGCCUUAAAGGAUAAAUUUGAUUAUGUAUUUCCGGAACUGGUGGUGCUUUUACCCGACAUUAGCAAACAACAGUCCUUGUAUUUAGUACAUCAACAACGUUUGAACACCAUGUCAGCUGCUAAACGUAAAAAUCUGCCCACCAUGGAAGUUUGUUCCACUUGUAAACAGGUACUAUUGCCAGUCGACAUGGCCGAUCACAAGAAAAUGCAUGAAAUCGUGCAAAAUUUCCCCGAGCUAAGCGGAAAUCGUAAAUCCAUUACAAAAGCUUAGACAAGAACAAGAAAAUUUUCCUCUUUUGUACAGAUAUUGACAUGACAGAAAAAGUGUUUAUUCUCUGGCGAAAGAAAUGCAUAAAUAUGAAAUUAAAGAGAUCGCUUUAAGUCGCAAACGAUUUUUUAA